CGUAACUUGCAUCGGACAGUCAUCAGCUACUGAGAUAGAACAAAAAUGCCUCCCAAGAAGAAAGCCCAAAAGAUCGCCCUCAGCGAUUUCCUCGCGGAUAACACUUUGGGAUCAUGGGCGGACGAGGUGGACGCCCUCCCUACUGCCCCUGCCAUGCGCACGGAGGAGGAGAUGCGCAAUGAUCGCUAUGGAGGCCGUCGCGAUGACUUCCUUUCCUCUCGUCCCGAUCGCACCUUUGGUCCUCCGCGCGAGGAGGUCCCCCUUCCCGAACGUCCCCCAUACACCGCAUUCGUAGGCAACCUUGCUUUUGAUCUGACUGAGCAGGAGCUCGGCGAUUUCUUCCAACCCCUCAAGGUCAAGGAGGCGAAAGUCAUCCGCGAUCGGGAGGGGAAGGCCAAGGGCUUCGGAUACAUUGAGUUCGAAGAUGUUGACAGCCUGAAGGAGGCGUUGGAAAAGUCCGGCACGAGCUUUGCCAGCAGGACCAUCCGUGUCAGCGUCGCCGAGCCUCCCAAGGAGCGAGCAGGCUUCGGCGGAGGCUUUGAAGAUGACGCCAAAUUCGACAACCCAUGGCGCCGCGACAAGCCGCCCCCCUCCGCCGACCGCGGCGACUCCCGCGACCGCGAACGCGACCCCUCCCAGCGCCGCUUCGAGGCCGCCUCCACCGUCUCCGACUCUGUCAGCGCCUGGCGCUCCGCCAAGCCGCGCGCUUCGCCCGGCACGGGCGACGAGGGGCCGCGCGCACGCCGCAGUGGCUUCGGCUUCGGCGAGGGCGGCGCGGCGGGUGCAGCGGACGCAGAGGACAGCUGGUCGCGCGGGGCCAAGUUCCGGCCCUCGCAGCCGUCGACGCCCGCGGACGAGCACCCGCCCAGCAGGUUUGGCAGCCGGAGGGGGGAUAUGGGCCCGCCGCGGGAUCCGGCAGACGACGGCGAGUGGAGGCGAGCGUCGCGGCCGCCGCGGAGCAGCACUUCGCCCACCGGCUCAACCCCGCCGACCCCGCAGCUUGCUCGGCGCAAGCUCGAGCUUCUCCCGCGCACCGACUCGACGACGGCCUCCCCUCUCUCAUCACCAAAACUCGGAAGCGCCGCCCCCGCCCACUCCCGCCCCAACCCCUUCGGUGCUGCCAAACCCGUCGACGUGACCAGCCGAGAACGCGAGGUCGAGCAGCGCGUCGAGCGCGAGCGCGAGGCUCUGCACUCCAUGUCGCGCACCGGCUCGCGGCAGGGCGCCCAGCGCGGCGCCUGGGACCGCUCCGCCCCCACCUCCCCGAAGCCCGCCGCAGCCCAGGCUAUCGCGCGCACGACGUCCAAUUCCGGCAGCGCGCGCUCCCCUUCGGGCUCGGGCGUCACGCGCACCACGUCGGGCGCGGGCACGACGCGCUCGCCAUCGCAGGCGAACGUGCGCCCGGCGUUCAGUUUUGCGAACGCGGCGGGCGGGAAGCCGAAGGAGGGCGAGGCCGCGAAGGAGGGCGAGGGGGAAGGCAAGAAGGAGGAGGAUAAGGUCGCAGAGAAGCUUGGCGAAGUUACUAUUUAAGGAUCGUGUUAGCUCGUCGUUUGUACCAGUGCUGUCUACUUUGUCUGUAGCAAGUAUCGUUAUUGACUUUCCUCGACUCAGGUUCUUGGGAGAGGGACCUAGAAUGCGC